AUGCCCGCCCAGGCAGGUCUCAAUAUCAACUAUGGCCUCCCGGUCAUGGUGCUGUUACCGUUGGCAGCAGCAGCGAAGAUAUUCCACUGGCAUGCGUCGGUUGUUCUGGUGGUUAAUAUCGUUGCUAUUGUUUUCUUGUCUGAGGCGAUUUCUAUUUCUUCUGAGGAACUUGAGGAACACUUGGGUGAAUUGCAGGGUGCGCUUCUCAGCGCUACGUUUGGGAAUACUGCGGGAACUCUGGCCUUGGUCUAUGGAGAAAUUCCAUUCGCGCAAUCUGUAAUGGUGGGCAGUAUCCUCUCUGAUACCCUUCUGGUCUUCGGCUGCUGUCUCGUAACAGCAUCCUACAACAAAGACAUGAUGAUAACAGCCGUGGCACUCCUCCUCCCAACAGCACUCUACUCAACGUUCCCAGUAUCCAAAAUCGACAGCAGAGUGCUAUCGUUCUCACGUGGAACUUCAUUGGUGCUACUCAUCCUUUACGCUGGAUAUCUCUACUUCUACCUAGGGACUCACAAGCACCUCUUCACCUCAUGCGAAGACCAAGUCGAUGAAGAAGAUGAGAAUGUCGAAUCAUCCACUCCACCGACGACAGUUAGUCUGGCUUCUUUAGUGAUCAGAUUGGUGAUAGCGAUCGUAGCUACCAUUUUCUGCACGGAAUUUCUGCUGGAAAGCGUUGGUGACAUGGCGGAGACUCUUGGGAUUUCCCAUAGCUUUAUUGCGCUUGUGUUUGUUCUGUUGGCGAGUAAUAGUACCGAGGCUGUUACUGUUAUUUCUUCGUCGCGGUCUGGUAAUACUGACUCUGCAAUUCGGGUGAUUAUCGAUAGUCUUUUGCAGAUUGGCCUGUUUGCGAUUCCUUUUUUGGUUAUUGUGGGCUGGUGCAUUGCAGAGCCGAUGACUCUUUUCUUUGAUUCUUUUGAGACUGUUGCGAUGUUUUUGGCUAUUCUGGUUGUUAAUCAUUUGCUGAGGGAUGGGCAGUAUGCUUAUAUCCAUGGCGCGAUGUUGAUUGCUCUGUAUUGCGGUCUAGUUGCUGCUUUUUACACACGCUAG